GGCAGUAGAAAGGCCAGAAAGGCAUUGUUCUCUGUCAGGCUGGGUAGAGACAGGAGGGUCCCGCGGAGGAUGGAGGAAAAACUCCCCACCGGCAUCAAGCCCUACCUGGACAAGCUCACCUUGGGCGUCACAAGGAUCUUGGAGACUUCCCCAGGAGUUGCUGAAGUGACUUUUGUGGAAAAGGAGCCGGCUGAACGCCACACAAUCGUCUCUUGGGAACAAAAAAACUCCUGUGUAUUACCUGAGGAUUUAAAGAACUUCUAUCUGAUGACCGAUGGCUUCGAGAUGACCUGGAGUGUGAAGACUGAUGAUACCCCGAUGCCCUUGGGCUCCAUGGUGAUUAACAGCAUCUCAAAGCUGUGUCGGCUUGGUGGCUCCUCUAUGUACACUCUGCCUAGCGCUCCAACUCUUGCUGACCUGGAAGAUGACACAGAUGAGGAAGGUAAUGGAGACAAGCCAGAGAAGCCUCACUUUGAUUCUCGUAGUCUUAUCUUUGAAUUAGACCCAUGCAAUGGGAAUGGGAAAGUCUGCCUUGUUUAUAAGCAUGCUGAACCAGUGGUCUCCCCAGACACAGAGAUCUGGUUCCUGGACAGAGCUCUGUAUUGGCAUUUCCUCACCAAAACCUUCACAGCCUACUACCGCCUGCUCAUCACGCACCUGGGUCUCCCACAGUGGCAGUAUGCCUUCACCAGCUAUGGGGUCAGCCCCCAGGCCAAGCAAUGGUUUAACAUGUAUAAACCCAUAACCAUCAACACAGCACUCCUGUCUGAAGAGGCAGAUUCCUUUGUGAACAAGCUGGACCCCAAUAAGGUAUUUAAAAGCAAGAACAAAACUCCAGUGCUCAAGAAAAAACAGCCUCCACAGCCACCAGGCUCCCAAAAGAGUCACACAAGCAUGACCUCUGCCAAGACGUCCUCACUAGCAGGGAAUUCUUCAAGGAAGUGAGCCUGCUAGAUCUGACCCUGGACAACGUUUGCAAUAAGCUUUGAUGCUUUCUGCUGCAGAGUCUCUGUGGUUCAGACCAAGUUCCUCGUGCAUGAAUAGAUGUGCCCAUGGAAAACACAUUGCAGCACUUGCAUGAAAUAUAGCUGCGAUGUGGAUGUAGUUCCUGGAGGGUCUUAAAAAAAAUUGAUACAUGAAUUUUAUUCCCUUCUGCUACUUGCAGCAUGUACUUUUCAGAGGGCAUGAAGAAACCUUUGAUGUCACUGAUCCAAAGGGAAGCAUUUGUUCCUGUACAACUGCAGCAGUGAAAUGAAAGCAAAUAUAAUUCACUGUAACUUUAACCAGACCCAGGCUGAAGUAGAGAGUGUGAAGAUGUUUCUUCCAUGUCCUUUGAAAGAAAACUAUCCUGACCUUGCAUGCUGUGGGAGCAGGCUGGAACCCACUGAACAGCAAAGUAUCUUUCACUCCACAUAGAAUCAAACUCUGCACUUCCCUGUGCUUCAUCCAACUUCUGCUCUGAGAUUCAUGGUACAAUGGGACUUGAGACUUCCAUGUCUCUGCAUUAGCCACUUGCUCUGCAGCCCAGACCACUUUUUGGCCUUCAAGCUCGUCCUGGAUUGGAAGGCAAUAUGUGUAUUCUAUUUGCCAUCUGUGAGAGGUGUGGCAGUUGUCUUCUGUAAUUGGGCAGUUUUCUUCAUCUCUUCCACAAACCAGUCCUCCUUCCUGGGAGAUAUCUGCUGUUAACGGGCCAUUGAGUGUCACUGCAUGACUGAUAAAAAUUACAGUGUCCCAUUGUGAGCACUUCACCCAGGGAGAGGAGCUAAGCAUUCCUACCUGGAUAUAAUCUGAGAUUUUGGGGCACCAGAACAGCCUUUCCACUGUAUUCCCAGAGGAGCAGCUGCCUUUUCCACUGGAUCUGCAGAGGAAGAUCAGGCCCAUCUACACCACCACUGUAUCUUCAGAGGAAGACUACACCUUUCUACAGGAUCACUGCUCCAACAGAGCCACACCUGCCACUCCAGGACUGCAGCCACCAUUCCAAUUGGACUGCUGCCAACACCCUGACCAACAGGGAGUCAGGUGAUAUUCUGACUCUGUCAGUGUUGUUUUGUAUUACUGCAUUGUUUAUUUUAUUUUUAUUUUCUUCUGUAAUAAAGAACUGUUACUCCUGCUCCCAUAUCUUUGCCUGAGAGCCCCCCUUAAUUUCAAAUUUAUAACAAUUCAGAGGGAGGGGGUUUACAGUUUACAGUUCAGGAGAGGCUCCUACCUUCCUUAGCAGACACCUGUCUUUUUAAACCAAGACAGUGCUGUAUCUUUUCAGAUGGUGACAUGAUUUGCAAUAAUCCUGAAGCCAGAAGCUGCAAAAUCCUUUGUUGCCUCCCUUUGUGGGAAUUGCUGAGCACAGAGUCAGUGGUGUUGAGUCCCAUCAGCCAGGAGGACCCCUUGGUUUGUCACACAUUCAUUUGCAAAGCUGACCAUUGAAACAGACACUUUUCAGUUGGGCAGGAUCGCACCAGGGGCCACUGAGAUCCUGCAGCCUUAGAAGCCCUGAUGCUGUUUUCUAUACUGUAAUUUUUCAUGUUAGAACUGCACUGUAACCCAUUCACUGCUGGUUUUCAGUUACUCCUGUUUGUUUCCAUUACUUUUCUAUGCUAUUCUGUCUUCCAAAUACACUGGGAUCAUGGUAGCACCCAAUACAUUUUGUGCCUGAAUAUGGAAAUCAAAAUCACUGUCUUCAUGUAAGCAUUGACUAUUUAAACAGCAUCAUCUCUAAUUUUUGAAAAACCACCACAGAAUUACACAAGACAAACCUACCUCACAGGGAUGUUGUGAGGCUUUCAUGGGUAUUUGUAUGGGAUGAAGCCAUGCUGUAAGUGCUUAAUAGUAUUUUAAUAAAUAUUUGAAUAUUUUCCUCCAAAGUGAUUGGGUAUUUGAAGAUGCUUUGGGGAGCACAUGGGUGUUGGGAUGCAAAUGCAAGAGCAGUGUUCAGGAUGGAUUGUUUGGGGUGCUUUUUCAAUGCAGUAGAGAAUCUCUCCCUGAGACAAGGUAGGUUACAGUGCUUUUAGCUUAUCCCUCUUGAGCUACUCAGAAACUCCCAACUUAUUUCAUAGAGGCCAGAAGACUGAACUUUGUGGCAGCUGUUCUGCUUCUGCCCUGCAGAAGUGUAAAGUCUCUGCAGCCACCAGCCCCUGCUCAGGUGUAUUUUGCUGCUUCCAACACUGCCAAGGGCCCACCUUCAAAUGCCAUUGCUGCUUUGCCUGGCAGCCACUGUCUGCCACCCCCAUAUGACAAGAAAUCCUCCAGUGCACCCUCUCAAGCCCAUGUGCAUCUGGAGACAAGUGAAUCUCUUCUAGCUGCUCCACUGACAUAAAGUGAGCUCUAAUGAGAAAGCACAUGUCAGUACUUCCCACCCAACACCAUAGCAAUACCUUAGUUAUGCUUUUAAUAUUGGGAUGGAAAUGACCAUUAAAUCCAGUAAAUGCCCUUUUCUGGAAUUCUGUGCAGUAGUGACGUUCUGUCACUUCCUGCUCUUGGAGAACUCUGUGUUGUUUGUUCAUGGCACCCAGCCCUGGGACCGCAGUUAUGUGCUUGGCAUACAUACCAUACUUGCUUGAGCACUUUCUAGAAAAGUUAAGACCAUUGUCACCCUCCUGGGAACAGGCAGCUUCUGAUAGUGUUCUGCC